AUGAAGUUAUCCAUUGAGCCGGGUGUUGAUGGAAUUGCGUACCAAGAAAAGAUGCUCUAUCUUCAUUCACAACAAAUCACCAAACUUGCAAACUUCAUCCCCACGCUAACGGCUCGCUCCAUCAACACCAGGCAAGACUGGGCAUUUUCAGGUAGCCCAAUAAUAGCGUUGGUCUUGCUCAGUGAUUACACAGAUAUUAUGGACAGCGUCAUAAGAAAUAGAAAAAAGAAACACCCAACCAGACCCAAAAUGCUGCCCUACACCGUCUCCUUGCGCCGUGCUGCGCUGCGGUGA